UUUUUUUCCUGUUCAAAAAUACCACCUAAUAGAUCAUUCACGGUUUAUCAAGAGAAUCACAAACGUUCGCGUUGCAACGUCAUAUCACCACAUCCAUCUCAAUACUAUCAAGCCACUAGGUUACAGACACCUUUUCAUCAGCUUGUGUGAAUUUGUACGGUGAGAAAGAAAAGAAAAAGUACCGCAUUUAGACAACACCGUUUGAACUUACAACCAAAAACAUUCAUCACUGGUAACCCCUAAUUUCGAAACACGAAACAAUAACCUGGCAACCAUCAACAGAGUGGGGUUUCUUAAACUAAAAAAAUCAUUGUAUUAUCCUUGUUUGUUAUAAUUUCCGUUUUUUCUGUGAUUAAGCCGUUCUAAACAGAAAUUUACAACUAGACAUUUAUUCGAAACAUAAUACACUUAUUGACAAAAAGAAAAGAACCAUAUUUCUUACACUCGUUAAGCGACAUAUAAAACAACCACACAGCACCAGUGUUUCUUUUCAAAUAGACCCUUUGAAUUAUAGGAAACCACUACAAGUUUGCGCCGCAUAAACAGAAACAACAAAACAACUCCUCCCAUCAUUUCAAGGCGACAGAACAAACAUUAACCACAAAUGAUGAAAUCAUUCAGAAAAAGCAAGAGACUGUCAAGCUCUUCAACAUCACCCCGACAAAUUCGAGUCUCAGGCUCCUAUAUCAAUGACGUGGACCCAGUUUUACAAGUGCCCAAAAAAGUCAUCAAGGCAAUUUUCGACUACAAGGCUCAAAGCUCUGAAGAAUUGAGUUUUUCCAAGGGUGACUUUUUCCAUGUUUUGGACGAUGGAAAUGACGAAUUCCACAGAAACGCCAAAAAACUUGGAUGGUACGAAGCAACAAACCCAAUGACCCAUGCUAAGGGGAUGGUCCCAAUCGACUACUUUGAAGUAUUUGAUAGAUCUCGCCCUUCGGCAACUGUCAAUACCAGCUCUUCAAAUACAAACAACAACAUUAACCAUUCUCCAGUACAACCGGGCCAAAAGCAAAAGCAAACUUUAUACGCCGUCACUUUAUAUGAAUUUAAAGCAGAAAGAGAAGAUGAAUUGGAUGUGCAACCAGGAGAAAACUUGAUUAUUUGUGCCCACCAUGAAUACGAAUGGUUUAUUGCCAAGCCAAUAACCAGAUUAGGAGGUCCAGGUUUGAUCCCCGUUUCAUAUGUGCAAAUAAUAGACGUUGUAGGUAAAAACCCCGCCCGAAGUUUAAUCGAUUCAAGUAACCAUGAUGAAAUGGUCAAAGCAAUUGAAACAUUCAAGAUCCCUACUGUGGAAGAAUGGAAGAGUCAAACUGCAAAGUACCAAGCUUCCACCAUACCAUUGGGGUCCAUAUCCGGAACGCAAACGCCACCUAUCUCAGCAAACUCGCAAUAUUUCGAUGCCAAUCAAAGGCAUCACCUUGGCUCUAACCGUUCGUCGUUAAGUUCAUCCAAUAUUUCAAUUCUAGAAGCAAAUGUGGAAUCCUAUCAAUUAGACCAAGGAAGAUACCAGUAUCUAGUCACGGCGGUGCUAUCAAAUGGCAGAAUCCGCUAUUUAUAUCGAUACUAUCAAGAUUUUUACGAUUUACAAGUGAAGUUGUUGGAAUUAUUCCCCUAUGAAGCAGGAAAGAUUGAAAAUUCCAAACGUAUUAUCCCAUCUAUUCCUGGACCAUUAAUCACUGUCAAUGAUUCUAUUUCAAAACUAAGAAGAGAAAAAUUGGACUUUUAUUUAAGGAAUUUAAUUGCAUUACCAUCACAUAUAUCCAGAUGUGAGGAGGUUUUGAAAUUAUUUGAAGUUUUGGAUAAUGGGUUUGAUCGUGAAACUGAACUCAAACGAGCUUCUAAACCAAUAAGUCAAAAAUCCAGUUCCCAUAAUGAUAGAUUAUCGCAAUAUUCCAAUAUGAAUAACUAUCCCCGAGUAUCCGACUCUAUCAGUAAUUCUGCCGAUUCCGGGUUAAAUAAUUCUAGUGAAUCCUCAACUACAAAUAUGACCACCCAUGACCACCCUACCAACCACAAUGAAAUCAAGCAACAAACCAAGAUUAAAGUCAAGUUUUAUUUUGAAGAUGACAUCUUUGUUUUGUUGUUACCAGUGAAUUUGCGAUUAGAAGAUUUGAAAACACGAUUACAUUCCAGAUUGGAAUUGGGAGAUCCUAGCCAACAUAAUUUUGAUGAUGCCAAAUCCCCAGAUUCCAUUCAAUUAUACUUGAAGAAUGAUUUUGAAGACUUUAUUAACGAGAAUGGGAUUGUAAACCAAGAGUUUAAGGACCAUCACUUGCUGAAAUUGAAGGAAUUUGAGGUAGACGACGACAUCAAAUUCCACGACGUGUUAUAUGACAAGUGCAAGUUUGUGAUUUUAGUCAAGUGAUGUUUGAAAUAGUAAAAGAAAAGAUGACAACUAGGUUGUUUUCUCUGAUAUUUUUUUGUUUGUUUUAUACUAAUCUUUUUCAUUUUUAAUUUGUAUUAUAUGGACAUACACCAAGGGACUCACAUUUUUUGUUUUUAAAUAUUUUCGGACCAAGGAAAUUGUAAUUGAAUAUAUCCUAAUACUUGAC